GGCAGAGGCAAGUCGCACGGGCACCAGGCGUUGCACCAGGUUGUAAUACAUACGAGAGAAGAAGGCAAAAGUCUGCGCGAGUCUUGAAUCAGUGCUUUUGGUCUGUGGCAGCGGCCGAGCGCAGCGAGAAUCCAUGAAGACGGUGGUGCGUGCGAGUGGCCCAAGAUGAACGUACCAAGUGCGGCGGCCGCAGAGACGGCCGUCCUGUUCAAAUUCCGCGAGGAAUUGGUGGGCAAACGCUUUCUGUCACUCAGCGGUGGCUCGGGCAGGUUGAAAACGAGCAGGAUCGGCGAUUGGGGGUGGCGAGCUGGCGUGAUCAGGGCCGCCAGCCACCGAGACACCACCAACCCUGAACUCCAGGUGCUGGUGGAGUACGACGACGUCGAGUGGCAGCGGCGCGAGUGGUUCAGUCCGCACAAAGGGCACAUCUUCCACGUCUUCUUGAUAGAGAACCGGCUCGUCUGGGCGCCCCGCGGCGAAAACGCGCUUCACCCGGCCCUUACUUUCAAGAUAGUGGUGGAUAACGCCCAGGUCGCCCAGUCGCCGGUCGAGCCCAUCGAAUUCCUGACCGAUCGAGCUGUCAGUUUUCGAGACGUCACAGAUUACGAGCCGUUUCAGGGCUGGGAAAAAGCACCCCAAGAAGCCGCCAGGGAUGCUGGCGACGUGAUUUCCGCUAUUAAACAAUGGACUGAUUUUCAAAACGGACAGAGCAUCCUGCUGUCCACGCCUAGUGUUCUGGUCGGAUACAGGGUAGAAGUCUACAGGGCAGAAGGCACUACUCAGUGGUACACUGCUGUGAUUGUUGCCUACAAUGAAGCCUCAAGUGACCUGACAGUGACUGAUGACACAGUUUUAGAGGAACACAACGAAGACCCCCGCCUUGUACAAAUGAGACUUAUCGGAGAUGGAGUUGUUGAGUCCAUCAUGCGAGGUGACAACCAGGGCAUCACGUCCAGACGGUCCCGAUCUGCAACCGCUGCUUCCAGCCUGUCUCUUCAGUCGCCUAUGCGAACUCAGCGAGUGACCUCGACGCCGUCAUCCAGCCCAGGAGGCCGCAGCAAUCACACGCCCCCAUCGUUUGUGUCAUCGGCCUCAACGAAUUCUAAUGCGAUUGCUGCACGCAAGGCACCAAGAGGAACCGACACGCCAGAUAAAGAUCAAGCGAGUGGAGCGGCGCCAAACUGUGCGCGGAUAAGAAGGAGGAAGGCGAGUGGCGCGAGUUUGAGCGCGAGCGGCGGCGGCAGUAGUGGUUCGCCGUCAUUGGCGGCGGACGGUUGUUGGGACAAUAAGCGUCAGCCGCAGCAACAGACGUCCAGCGAUAGUGCGGUAGUGUCCAAGGUGGUGCUGGAAGAAAAGGCCAAGUGUCCCGCGCUCAGUGAUGAAGAGGUAGUGGAGGUCGGCCGCGUCAAGAGCGUCCAUGCCACUCGCGGCGACGGCAACAAGCUAAGACUGUUGGGCCCGACCGGUGAUCAUGACUCUGCCCGUCCGACGACAAUGCUCCAUCAACAACAGUCUGCACCGCAACAACCAGGAGACCUCAACCAACGCAUCAUCGACGCCUCUUCGCCUCUCAUCUCAAACAGCCUCUCAAUCCUGCCCUCGAGUGCUGCCUCAGACUCAGGCGUGAGUUCGCUGCGCUCCAGCUCAAGUAGCGAUGAACGCUCAGCAUCCGCGUCCUCCUCUUCAAGAAGUUCAGAAACCGGAAGCAGCGGAGGCGCCGCAGCUUCUUCGUCGUCCGCACAGAAUCUAGGCGCGCCCCCAACCACUGAGCCUGUGCGAGUGUGGCGGGACCCGAGCCUCGUGCAAGCCAGUGAACCCUUGGUGCGGCACAUCCACAGCGUGCAGCACAUCUCCCUGAUGCCCCACCACCCACCGCCGGCGCCGCCGGCCUCAGCGCCCCCCGCCGGCUCGGUCGAGAGCCGAAUCGGGGCGCCGCCGUCGGCCCAAAGUGCGCCCCCGGGCCGCAACCCUUCGCCCGUCACGCACUACCCUCCGCUGCCGCCCCCGAUGCUCAGCCCCCACCCAGGGCUCCCACACCCCCACCUCAUCACCUCGCCCAUGUACGCCCAGGAGCUGUGGAAGCAGCGAUACCUGGCCGCCGCGGCCAACUCGGCCGGCGCCCACCCCGACGACAUCCUCGAGCGCGAACGCGCCCUUGCCCAGGACCGCGAACGCCAAGAACGCUACAUUAGAGAGCGGCAGGGAAAGGAUGCCGCCCUGAUGGCCGCUGCGUACGAGCAGAACAGAGACCGCGCCGUCAUGGAAAGGGCCCGCGUCGAGCAUGAAAUCCGGGAGAGGCGCGAAAUGGACAGAGUGCGCGAGGAGCGGUACCUUAUUGAAAAGGAGCGGAUGGCUCGUGAGGCAAAUGAACGGGAACGCCGAGCCCAAGAGCAGGAACGUGAACGGGAACGCCAGCGACAGGCCAUGGAGAAGAAACGGCAGGAACAGGCUGUGCACAAGCAUUUCGAGGAGUCCCUCAGACUUGCCCAGAAUAAGGUUUGGAAAGUAAAAAACAACCUUUCUAUCCUCGCAAUGAGGUCUGGUGGAAACUGGAGCCAAUUGACAACUCUGCCGCCGCCACCAAUGUCCAGAGCAGCACAAGAAGAGGAGGCCCGCAAGCAGGCGAACGCUGCUCAGCAGCAGCGUCUCAUUUUGGCAGAGCGUCAGCGUCAGGAGGCUAGGCAACAGGCCUACUAUGGAUCGGCGCCGCCGAGCACUCAGCCUAGUGCCGUCAGUGCUAUUUCUCUGAGAAAAGAGUACCCGCAGCCCCCAGCUGCACACAGUAGGACUAUGCCACCCUCAAAGCACCCGCACUUGCCCGAGCCCAAAGCCAUGAAAAUGGAGCCCGGAUUCAACUCUUUAGGCUACCCUGCCUAUCAACCAGCCGGACUGCUGACAACAGUAGAGAAGAAGCCCAAAUCAGAACUGCCGAACCCACCCCCUCUGCUCAGUGAGCCAAAGUCCUCUGUGAUCGUCAAAAAUGAGGCAAAGCGCGAACCAUCCCCCAUGGUUGGCGCUCCCAAGUACUCCUCGUAUCCUGUCAGGACAGCCACCCCCCAAAAGGUGCCUCAUCACCUUCCUCAGGCAGAGCCAAGAGCCAUGCUCUACCAAACAGGCCCACCAUUUGCCACAGCAGGAAAAGGCUCUGCUGUAGCCUACCCUUACACGACUGGACCUCCACCCCCUGCAAACCCCAAAUUGUACGGCCAACCACCGUCAACAGCCCCAGCGGCUCUCUGCAAGCCGAAAGUGUCCAGCCCGGCGCCGCAGCACAUCUACGGCCUACCGACGCAGGUGCUAGGCCCGCCCUCUGUGUCCAGUCACCACCACCAGACAGCUGAGGUCCCUAGUCCACUUCCCUUGAAUGCGUCACAGCCGCACCACUUGGCCAACAAGUCGUACCUUGCUCCGCCACCUGCCCACUCCAGGAGACACCUGGACCAUGUCAGAGCGAUGGACCACAUCAGGGUAUUUCCUCCAGGGACGCCGUCGCCCUCGCCAGGGGCAACUCCUGCACCCAGGGCGUCGCCUCUUCCCGUCCUACCAUCCCAGAGGACUGCUGCACCCCCUGUGUGCCAGAUGCAGCCUCUUGACUUGGGGUGCAAGGACCCCUCGUCCCCUAACAAGAGGUCAGCACCUUCGCCUGACCCCAGCAAGAAACGCAGGGUUGAGACUCCGCAGCCGCCUCCUGUUCAGCCCAGCCCCACGCCACCACCAAUGGCCGCCUCCCCGCAACUUUCAAGGGUUAGCGAGCCGUCUCCGUUGAUUGCCAGCGCUGCCACCACCAUCACAACAAUUGAAAACAAGGCUGUUGCUGCUAGCGCAGCAGGAGGGGCAGGAGUGAUCCAGAGGCCUCCCUCCGUGCCUCAGCCCUCGCCAAGCACAACCCCAAACAAGGCGCCCAGUCCAGCCCCUACCAAGUCCAUCCACGGCCUCAAAAAGGCCUGGCUGCACCGACACACUACAGGUGAGGAUGUUGUCGGAGAACCAAGGUGUGUGACUCCUGUGACGCCAGCAGCGCCUUCGCCUGUUCCGUGCAGUAGUCCUGUAGCAACGACGCAAGUACCUGCCUCGCCGCCCCAGCCAAGCACGCCCAAGGGAAAGGCAAAGGUGCCCUUCCGAAAGGCAACGGCCUCUGUGAAUCCAAGCAUGCUGAAUGGGCAUGGCCCCGAGUCAGGCCAAGAGGAAGAGUCAACCAGUUCAGACGAACCUGCGACUCAGGCUAAACGCUCGCCAGCCAAGCGGAAACCAGGGGGCAAGCGCAGGAGAGGGGGCAAGAAGACUGCCGUCCAAGAGGAGAAAAACAAACGCCGAAGCGUAGUUGGCGCCGCCGCUACCGCAGCCAGCGACAGUGACAGUGACAAAGAGAGUGGCACUGAAAAAGACUCUGAGGACUCUGCGAGUUCGAACAAGCGUGGAGGCGGCAAAGAGGCCUCUGGAGGCUCAAAUGGAGGCGGCUCGUCCAACAAUUCUGGUGGAAAUUCUGGUGCUAAGAAGCGCGGUCGACGUCCCAAGUCAAAAAACGACGAACCUAGGCCUCCAAAGAAGGCCAGGGGCGCUGGUGGGAAUGAUGAUGGAUCUCCAACUCCCCCUCCGAGAGAUCCUACUAAAAAGCCACCCAUCAGUCAGCUUAAGAAGACCGGGGAAAGUUUUUUGCAAGACGGACACUGCUUCGAAGUUGCACCCAAGCUAGCUAAAUGUAGAGAGUGCCGCCUUACGCAGAACCAGCGCAACAAAGAAGUGUACAAUAAUAUUUUCUGCAGGUUCUACUACUUUAGGCGAUUAAGGUACACAAAGAACGGGCAGCUAGCCAUUGCAGGCUUUUCCGACCCGCACUUGGACGCAAAAGAGGAGGAUGUUAAACUUUGGACGCCAGACGCGACGCCAACCGACAUUGACCCUGGAAUGGCAAAGUUUUUGCUCACUGAGGUUGGCGACCAGUUUUGCGACAUUGUUCAGCAGGAGCUAGAAGCCAAAGAAAUCAGUAUGGCAAAAGACAAGAAAAUCGUUUGGAAGAAGGUUGUGCAGAAAGUAAGAGAGAUGUGUGACGUGUGCGAGACUACUUUGUUCAACUUCCACUGGGCCUGUGACAAGUGCGGAUUUGUUGUCUGCAUUGACUGUUACAAGAACCGUAAGAAUGGGAAGUGCAAGCGGUGGGAAGAUGCAAACACCAAGGACCGAGAUGACUUCCUUUGGCUGCUCUGCACCAACAAGCAGGGCCACGAGCUGGAGCGGCUGAUGUUGACUCAGAUAAUUGUCAAAGAUGCCCUGACUGCCCUUGGCAGGAAGAUGCAUGACAUCCGGUCCCAAUAUGGUAUUAAAGCCAGGUGCGCUUGUCCUUUGAACAAGGAGGUCGUCAAGGCAAACGGCAUCUGCAAGGAAGUGCAGAGCAAAGCGGAUCUCAAUGGCACUGAAAAAUCAACCAAUGGAGGUUCAGAGCCCACCUCUCCCAAGACAAACGUUAAUGGCGAGAAGGAGGCUGAAAACUCUCCUUUGAGUGUCUUAGCUGAUGUUGCCCUUUCCUCGGACAAGAAGGAAGACUCCGUCCAAGAAGCAAAAUCCCCUGAGAAGGAGAGUCUGCCUACCCUUUCUGGAUGGGACUCGAGUGACUCCGACUCUGAUGGAGACAAGGAUGAGGCAAACUUUUCCACCCUUCGAGAACUCCUGAUCCGCCGGCCGUGUAGCAAGUCUCAAAGUGGAUCAGAGUCACCGACUGGUGCCCAACAGGAAGAAAAGUCUGAUGACCAGGCCGAGGAUGACAAGGACGAAAAAGAGUCUCCAAAGCAGAGGCGCGAGCUAAAGAACUUUAAGCGCAGCAAGGAGUACCGUGUGACCAACAACCGCCUUCCUUGGAGGGUUAUGACCCUGACCAAGAGCAAGUUGCUGUACCCCAAUGUGCCACAUCAGUGGCAGUGUGACGGACGGCUGUUGGUGUUGACGGACGCCUCCCAUCGAGACAACAAGAAAAUCUUCCAGGACCAGUGGAAACGAGGCCAGCCAGUGAUUGUCCUGAACGUGGCUGCCAAGCUGAACCAGCAGUUGUGGCACCCAGACAAGUUUGCACAGGACUUUGGAGACCAAAAGGCUGACCUGAUCAACUGCAUGAGUGGCAACGUGGUUCCCAACAUUGCUAUCAGACACUUCUGGGAGGGUUUCGAGCAGUACAGCAAGCGGCUGAAGGACAAACAGGGCAACUCGAUGAUUCUCAAACUGAAAGACUGGCCACCUGGCGAGGACUUCGCCGACAUGCUUCCAGCACACAUGCAAGACCUGAUGGAGGCUCUGCCCCUCAGUGACUACACACACCGCAACGGCAAGCUCAACAUAGCCUCUAGGUUACCCGAGUAUUUCGUGAAACCAGAUCUCGGGCCAAAGAUGUACAACGCUUACGGCUCUUCCCUCUUCCCUGACAAAGGGACCACAAACUUGCAUUUAGACAUAUCCGAUGCGGUCAAUGUGAUGGUCUACAGUGGCUGUUGCAAGGACCUAGACAAUGAGGACAACAUGAAAGCUGCUCUGAAAGCCAUCGAUGAAGCAGGCUGUGAUGUUUUGACAAGAAGAAGGGUCCGCGAGAAGGGUGUCAUUCCUGGUGCUCUUUGGCAUAUCUACGACGCUGCAGACGCUGAUUCAAUUAGAGAUCUACUGAAUUUGCUUGAAAUUGAGAAUGGAAAGGUCCCUGAUCCAAGUCACGACCCAAUUCACAACCAGAGUUGGUACCUAGACGAAGUUUUGCGUGAGCGGCUGUACCUAGAGUACAAUGUGACGGGGUAUGCCAUUGUGCAGUGCCUUGGAGACGCGGUGUUUGUGCCUGCGGGCGCACCACACCAGGUGCGCAACUUGCACAACUGCAUCAAGGUGGCCGAGGACUUUGUGUCCCCGGAGAAUGUGUCGCACUGCUUCCAACUCACUCAGCAGUUCCGAGAACUCUCCGACACGCACACCAACCACGAGGACAAGCUGCAGAUCAAGAACAUCAUAUACCACGCAGUCAAAGACUCUGUGGCGGUGCUCACCACACAGCUCAUGAACAAUCCUGAAGCGGUCAAUGAGCCAGAAAGCGCUGAGGACGACAAGAGCUCUGUCAAAAAAGUCACUGAGAAAAAUGAGAAGUCUGAAAGCGGGUCUGACAACAAUGCCGGCACAGUUUCCGAUGACCAGUCUGAGAAGGGGAAAGAGGAACCAGCCUCGUCUUGUACACCGCCUGCCGCUCCAGCAGCUGAUGAGGUCAAGAAGGAGUCCAACAGUGGUUCCAACUCAUCCUCCUGAGCAAGAACAACGACUUUAAAUUAUAAGUCAUGUGAUAAAAAGUUAACUCCCGAAUGAAGAAAGCCUGCCUGCAGUGUGUUAAAGACUCGAAUGAAAAAGAAAAGCCAUCAGCUGAAGCUCACGUUUUGUGUCUUAAAAAAGCAAACACACGCGUGUAAAUAAGAAUUAAUAGGAAGCAAGAUACUAAGAAGUUAGGCAACAAGCUCAAAGUUGAUUGAAAUCGAGAAGAACCCGGAAGUACAGCAAUCACUCUGUAAAGUUUUAACAUAUUUGAUCUCAGUGUGUUGAGGAUGAAUCAAGAAUUGGUUUGUUCGUUCGUUUGUUGGACGCUUUCGGUUAUUUGGAAUUCAAGUGUUUUUCCAGACGGCAACAAUCUGGUUUCCCUCCUUCAAUCUCUUUAUCUCUCCGUGUGAGCCGCUGCGCACAGUGUCUCUUUAUCGAUGUUGGUGGCAAUGUUGGAAACUAUCUAAAUCCAUUUGAUUGUGUUCCUCAUUGUCAAACCGUCUGUCUCUCAAUGUUUUUUUCUUCCAAUCGAUCAACCAUGUGCCAACCAAACUACAGUCGCUGCAUUCGUUUGAAUAAUUUGUGAAAAUUAUUCCCGCUUGUCCAAACUUAUUUUCACACUCGACUCAGCGUCAGAGAAAUGCAUUUCCUCAUAACAUGAAAAUAAGUUCCUAUGGUUCGUAACGGAAUGGAAAACUUGAUUUUUGUCACCACAAAUGAAUUUCGAAAGGUUUGUCUAAGAAACUUUCUUGUAAAAGCUGAUAAAUAUUUAAUGUAUUCUCUCAAAAGAAGGACUAUAUAUUUAUUUUCAAAAAUUUCCGAGUGGUCUUUGAUCGGCAUAAGAUUGGUGUUAAUUUUCUACAAGGAUUGUACCAUAAGAAUUGUGAACACAAUAUUUUAAAUUAUAGGUUUUCUACGAUGUAAAUAAAUUAUCAAAGUGAUUCUUGCAAAAGGAUUCAUAUGUUUAUUAUGGUAA